AAGUCACAUGUUGAGAAAGCUUGUCCAGGGCGCACAGCUGACUGACAACAACAUUGCAGGCCAGUCGCUUAGGUAGCAGUAGGCAGGGUGGAGAAGCACGCCUUACAACCAACUGUUUAAAAACAUUUCUGUCAACAGCCAGAAGCUACCUUUAACCAGUUGGUUUGCUACAUCACUUUUCAAGUAUUUCAACUUCAGGGUAGUCCGAAAUCGUAGUCGUCGAGCUUGGAAAGGGGGAGGCUACCAGCGAGAGGCAGCUUUUAGGCUUGGUGGAGAGGGAAACAUUCGCUAUAUCCUCGGACUGAACAUGGCAAUGUCCCUCAUCCAAGCCUGCCGCAGUCUAGCUCUCUCAACAUGGCUGCUAUCCUUUUGCUUCGUGCAUUUGCUGUGCCUGGACUUUACGGUGGCGGAGAAAGAAGAAUGGUACACCGCGUUUGUCAACAUUACUUAUGUGGAUCCCGUGACUUCAGAAAUCAAAACAGAGAAGACUGAGUGUGGAAGAUAUGGCGAGCACUCCCCCAAGAAAGAAGCAAGAGGGCAAGUGUUGAUGCCUUUGCUUUUGCAAGAGAGACAAGCUUGCGACCCGAACGCUAAGUAUCCCCUGCCUUAUCAAAACAAUGCUUGGAUGGCGUUGAUAGCUGCGGGGAAUUGUACAUUCAGAGAUAAAAUUCGCAACGUCGCUGCACUCCACAACGCAUCUGCAGUCAUAAUUUAUAACGCGGGCUCCACUAAUAUCAACGAUACCAUAACAAUGCCUCAUCAAGGUACGGGGGAUAUCGUGGCGAUCAUGAUUCCGGAACCCAAGGGUCGGGAGAUCGCUGCUCUACUAGAACACAACGUCACGGUGACCAUGCACAUCACCAUAGGAACGAGGAACCUUCAGAAGUAUGUGAGCAGAACGUCGGUGGUGUUUGUCUCCAUCUCCUUCAUCGUCCUGAUGAUCAUCUCCCUGGCAUGGCUCAUCUUCUACUAUAUACAGCGGUUCAGAUACGCCAACGCUCGCGACCGCAAUCAGAGACGUCUCGGAGACGCAGCCAAGAAGGCCAUCAGUAAGCUCCAAGUACGAACCAUCAGGAAAGGAGACAAGGAAACGGAGUCUGACUUCGACAACUGUGCUGUCUGCAUCGAGGGCUAUAAAGCGAAUGAUGUUGUUAGGAUAUUGCCGUGCAGGCACAUCUUCCAUAAAAGCUGUGUGGACCCCUGGCUUCUGGACCAUCGGACCUGUCCCAUGUGUAAAAUGAACAUCCUCAAAGCGUUGGGAAUACCACCCAACUUUGACUGUGGGGGUGACAUUCCGCCAGACUAUGAGAUGUCAGUGGGAGGCCCGCCCACCAACGUAAUCACAGGGGCCAGUGACAUCACGGUGAACGGGGAGGAGAGCUCGGUGGUGCUGGACACGGUGGACAUGGACAGGACGAUAGGGCUGCCUCAGGUCUACCACGACGCACACGAGACACUACCACAGGCUGGGGACAGCCGACACAUCGCCAGCAGUGAGCACCAGCCCCCGCUGAGCAGCGACUCGGACACCUCCCUUAUCUUGGCUGUGGAGGUGGGUCUGUCCGACAUGGAGCUCUCCCUCGGGCACGACCGUGACGAGGUCAAGUCCUGAGCCAAUCAGAGCCAAGUAGGAAGGAAGCUCCCGGGGUCGACUUGGAGAUGAGAAACGGGACCGAAGGGGCAGCGCCUGGCCCCCUGAUGGGAGGUAGUGGCUCCAAAUAAAUAAGAGACAAGCAAGCAAUAGAACCCAUAGCAGUGCAACACACCUAUCUGUCCCCACUGCCUCAUCUACAGGGUACUCCUGUCCUGCCUCCCUUUUCUGACUGCUGUGACAACGUGACGUUCAGUACCCAUGGAAACCAGGCAGCCAAUCACAGCUCUUGUCAUUAGCCUCUGGACUGGGGUUAUAGUUUAGCAUCUCUGUUAGUUGUCUCCAUGUCACCAUCACUUUAUUGACUCUUUGGACAUGUGACAUUUUGAUUUCUUUCUACGAGAUCAUCCCUGCCAACGUAUUCCAGAAUGAAACACGGAAAUCUUUACACCUCGUUAUAGGAAUGUCUAUUUAUACUGUGUAUGGUCAAUAUAAGCCUCCUGUAGCAUGGGCUUUGAGUGUCAUAAACAGUUAGUGCGUGUUCUGAGUGACCAGCAUUUACAUGUGGUAAACUUGAAGCUGAUAUUUUUUCACCUCCUCUGCUUGAAAUAAUUUCCAUAACAUUCAACGCUGUUGGUAUUGGAGCAUUUAUACUAUGCACAUGUUGUCAAGCAUUUCUGAAUAUCCAAUUGUUAAAUUGCAUCCUUAUCCUUAAUUUAGGGGUCUUUAGGACUAUCGUUUAUUUCCACUUCUGAAGUACUGUACACCAUGUGUUGUGGGGACCAACUACGAGUUUGUUUUACCACACCAGUUGACAAUCACAGCCCACGGUGAUGACGUCAGCUACAGCCCUGUUUCAAACUGCUAAAGCUUUAUUAGCACCGCCAGUAACACAGCACAGGAGGCGAUAGUAGUGGCUGUUUGUUCCGUUUUAAUGUCAUGUCAUCUCCCAGUCGAGCCACCCAAUAGCAUGUGGCGAAAUCUUCUGUUACCUAACAUAACGUGUGUCUGCAGUGAUGUGCAUUUGCUCUGUGCCAAGUUCUUGCAGUUUUAGUUUUUUGUAUUGAUGUUGCUUCUGUUUCUAGAAGCCAAAGCAAGAUUGCAUUGUGGGUGUUGUUGAGUUCACCCAUUGGUUGGAUAGUGAAAAGCACAUCAAAGUUGUCUGUUGAUAAAAGUAAAUGACAUUUGACUAUAUCUGAACUCGGUGUAUUAGAUAGCCCCUCGUCUGAGACAUCCCAGACCUAGGGCAACCGCACUAGUAUGCUGAAACAUUGGUACAUUGUGGGAAGCAACUGGUCCAUCUAGAGAGACUAGAUAGCCCCUUGGUGAAGGAAUACCAUGCAUUGGUUGUGGCUUUGGUUGACUGUGAAUUCAUUAUGAAAGAGUUGACUAAACCCUGUUGCAGAUAGUUUGUACCUCCUUAGUCAUUUCUUCUGAGGAUAAAAUGUUUUCUUUUUUUCCUAUGAUGAAUUUCAAAAUGGCAGUUUUUUUUUGUACAUUCGUCGUGUAGGGAAACGAAAGUCUGACGAACAGCAUUUAUUUUAGUAUGAAAAUACGUUUAUUUUUGUAAGAAAAAGAAAAUGGAGGUAAAUGUUUACAGUCCAGGAGAAAUGGAGUAGAGAGAAUAGUUGCCUGGUUUCAGGAGCUCACUGGUAAUGCUAAUGCAUUUUGAAUGACAUGUAUUAAUUCAUGGUUUAUGUCCUUCCUCCCCCGAUUUUGAUUACUGCUCUGUAAUUGUAUCAAAGGCCAUUUUUUUAUUUGAGUUGGAUUCCUCUCUCCUUUGGGGUCCCCUCAAGGUUCUCAACACAUUCAUUUAUUUACAAAUGUGUACUUUCAUCCUUAACAUAUGAUAAUCUUAUAUUGCUUUAAUAUGCAAUUUAGUUUUGAUUUUCAGGCUAAAAUCUGCAUGAAAUGGCACAAGGCCACUGUUGUCAUCGAGCAUCUACUGCGUUUCUCUUCCUUACUAUGUGUUCGUUCAUUUAAUCAUUGGUUCCUUUAGGCCGCCAACCAAUCAACAACCAAUCAACUCCCAGUCAUGUAAGAAGUUCAUAUUACCCAUAUUCCCCCUUGUCCUUGUCAAUCAGAGAAGGAUUACAGAAUCUAUGGGAUAAUGUUGAUAUCUCCCAUGCUUAUGCAUUAGGUACAUCUGUAUGCCCUCCUAGUGUGUCAGACUCCUUACAUUUAGCUGUUGAUAUCUCCCAUGCUUAUGCAUUAGGUACAUCUGUAUGCCCUCCUAGUGUGUCAGACUCCUUACAUUUAGCUGUUGAUAUCUCCCAUGCUUAUGCAUUAGGUACAUCUGUAUGCCCUCCUAGUGUGUCAGACUCCUUACAGUUAGCUUUGUUUUGCAGUAUCAGUUUGUGAAAUACACUACAUCUGUGUGAUUAAUAUUGUAUAAGCGUCAUAAAUGUAUAUUUGAUUAAUCGACUGAAUGGAGACUGAAGAGUGAUGCAUUGAACAUGGCUCAGUUAAAAGCAUAUUCUUCCCACUUUUUGCGUUCCGAUUCUCUACACUUCUCACUAAGUGUGCACACUUAAAGUAAUGGAUUUUAUAAUGGUGGAAACGCCCUCCAGCCAAUGUUUACACCAAUCCAGUGCUUCUAAAUCAGUGAUGGGAACUACACGGUAUGGGAGGAUGGGGAUUGAGUCAUGGAGGAGUUAAGUGCUCCACCAUAACUCAUGGCAUCCUUGGCCAGAAUACUAGAGACCCAUUAAAAUAUGGUAUGGUAGUCUCAUCUAGCCUCUCCACACACAGCUCUACAGUUGAUACUAUGGGCUGAGGGCCCUAGAAACGACUAACAGCAUUUGAUUUCCCUCUGGUGGUUGGUUUCACACACACACACACCACACCACACAGUUUCUAUGUGCCCAUUUGUUUGUAUUGCACAGGGGGACAAGAUAAGAGGAAGCAAUUAAGCUCUGGGGGCAUUUUGUACCAGAAGGAGUGUUUUGAUAGAUACUGAUUGUACUGUGUGUGUGUGUGUGUGUGUGUGUGUGUGUGUGUAUGCGUGUCUGACAUCUUCACUUGUGUGAAGCCAGAACAUUUAAAAGCCUUUAAUUGCUUCCUGUUUCAUGUCCGGGGUCGUGUUUAAUUGACUUAACUUCCUGAAAGGUCAUUCUCUUAUUCUCAAACUUCUUACUUCCACUUAUUCCAACAACUCUUUUUGUUUUUUAUUUUAUGACCAUGAAGAAGCAAUGGCCUUGAUUUGAACGUAAUUCGAAUGAAUAUCUGUGAUAUUCGUAAUCAACACUUGUAGAAACCGGCGUGUUCUUCCAAAUAAACUAAUGAAUGCACAUAUUAUAGUCUUAUAGUAGGUUCUUGUUUACCCCAAUGAUGGUAUAAUUAUGUCAGGUAUAGAUAAAAUUACAUAAUAGAAACACCUAAUUUAAAUAUAGCUUUUAGUUCUCUGUCUUUAACUGGUUGUGUACCAGUUGUGUACUACCGAGAAUGCACUUUUUCACUUGAAGGAGAGUUCUGUAUACUACAACGAAAUGGCACAAAACAUCUUUUGAAUACGGUUGACCUUAAAUGCGGUUGACAGUUGACACAACCAUGUUUUUAAGAGAGAGGGCUACAAUAUUGGGAAUGGCACAUGACAAUUGUCACUGUAUGUGUACUGUUUAAGAGUCUGUGUUCUUUUAUCUAGACUUGUAUACCAGCUGUGGGUUUGGGGAAUGUUACGAAAAUGUUGUAUGCUAUAUCUAGCAGAACUCUACAGUAUUGCUAUUUUGUUAUCUAGAGGAAUAUGUAAAUAUUUUUGGCAGUGUUAAUGAUAUACAGUACAGUUCUAUAGUACAAUGUUGCAUGUGUGUGAGUCAAUGAUUGUGAGGUACAAUAAAUACAUUUUAUAGCAAAUUU